GUAAAACGACAGACAUAGUAAAUAUUUUGUAAAAUGCAACGAAACUGAGCAUCGACUUGUCGUAUGGCAGAAAGCCAAAUACAGGAAGACGUGGACAUUGAUGAGUAUAGUGACGUUGAGGACGAUGAGAAUGUAUUAGAAGAAUUCUCAGAUGGCGAAUCUUCUGAAGAGUACAUUGCUAGUGAGGACAAAAAAAGCAUUGCUGAGGGUAAUAUAAGUAACAUUCCAGUGAACUUUUCAAAAGACAAGGUCAUUGAGUGGUCAACAGAACCAACUGCAACCAAUAACAUUAGAACCAGACGGAAAAUAUGUAUAAUUCGACGACAACCCGGGGUUACAGUAUAUGCAGUUCAUCGAAUAUCUAAUAUAAAAGAAUCAUUUGACCUGUGCUUUCCACAGCAAAUAAAAAAAAUUAUUAUAGAGUUCACCAACAUCGAGGGCGCUAAAAAAAUUGCAGAGAAAUAUAAACCAAUUGAUGAAAUGGAAUUAGAUGGAUUUUUUGGGCAUUCUGAUCGUAUGAGAAACUACAUAGACGUACAACUACAGGCGUAUAUCGGUCGCAUGGAGAAAGUCUCCGCAGUCUUUGGGAUGAAGUUCAUGGUCGGUCAAUAUUUCGCGCUGUAAUGUCACUUACAAGAUUUUUGGAAAUAAGUCGUAUGUUGAGGAUCGAUAACAAAGAUAAUCGCAGAGCAUUGCUCCGAUUCGAGAUUUGUACGAGAAAUUGGUAGCUAACUUAACGCUACUGUUUGUUCCAUAUGAAAACGUAACAUUCGAUGAGCGUUUAAUUCCUUUCAGAGGCAAGUAAAUACGGUAUAAAGUCAUGGGUAGCUGCGGAUAUGCGUACAAAAUUUUGUCUUCAGUUUCAAAUAUAUUUGGGAAAAGAUUCAGCAGCUACACAACCGGAGCGAAACCAAGGCCAACGAGUAGUCUUGGAUCUACUAUGUGGGUAUGAAGGACGAAAUAUAACGACAGAUAACUUUUUUACAACUCGAGAUUUGGUAUUACUUUUACUAAAAAAAACAAUAUGAUAUUGGUGGGCACUGUGAGAAGUAAUAAGCGCUUUCUGCCGGUUUGUGGAACUAACCAGGAGUUAAGACGACUAGCAGUACUAAGCAGUCGUUUCUUCUUUGAUGGACAAGUCACCAUUGUACAA